AUGUCGGACAUCACCGUCGUGUGGCAAGUAUUGUUCGCUUUGCUCCUCUUCCUCGGUUCGGUGCACGGGCAGGUUAGCUAUUCUAUUCCCGAGGAGAUGUCGAAAGCUUCUUUGGUCGGCAACAUAGCGCAGGAUUUGGGUCUAGAUUUGAAAAGGCUGAAAUCGGGCAAAGCGCGUAUUUAUAGUGAGGACAGUACUGAAUACAUCGAGCUGAAUAAAGACAGAGGGGUCCUGCUUAUCAAGGAGAGGAUAGACAGAGAGACAUUGUGUGGGCAGAGGACGCCAUGCGCCCUGCAUUUCCAGAUUAUCCUUGAGAAUCCCAUGGAAUUAUAUAGCAUUAAUGUUGAAAUCACAGACAUAAACGACAAUCCUCCGAGUUUCGAAAAUAAUGAAAUGAAGUUUAAAAUCAGCGAAUCGGCGGUCAUCGGUGCUAAAUUUGUGUUAGAGAGGGCAAACGAUGCUGAUGUUGGCAUGAAUGAUUUGCAAAGCUAUUCCUUAAAUAGCAAUGACAAUUUUGUGUUAAAACUAAGAAACCAGCCAGACGGUAGAACAUUUGUGGAAAUGGUUUUACAGAAGCCCUUAGAUCGAGAAAAACAAGACACGUUAUCACUAGUUUUAACGGCUGUGGAUGGAGGAGAUCCACAGUUAUCUGGAACAGCGCAGAUUCACAUCACAGUUUUAGAUGUAAAUGACAAUGCGCCUGUUUUUACGCAGCAAAUGUAUAGAGCGAGUAUUGAAGAAAAUGCACCAAAAGGCACCGUUUUAACAACAGUCAGUGCGUCAGACGCCGAUCAAGGUUCUAAUGGAGACAUAAUAUAUUCCAUGUCAAAUACUCUGGAUGAGGCACGUACUAUGUUUGAAAUAGAUGAGAAAAGUGGAGUGUUGAAGUUGAAAGGAACUGUAGAUUAUGAAAAGGCACGACAUUACGUGAUAGAUGUACAAGCUAGUGAUGAAGGAGGUCUAACUGAUUCAUGUAAAGUACACAUCGAUGUUUUAGACACGAAUGAUAACGCACCCGCCAUCAAUGUAUUAUCAAAGUCAAACGUUAUACCUGAAAAUUCGAAGCUCGGGGUUGUAGUAGGCAUGUUUAAAGUGCAGGAUCCAGAUUCUGGAGAGGACGGUCGAGUUGAGUGCUUAAUCAGAGAUAAUGCACCUUUUACACUAAAAACGACAACAAAUGGGUUUUAUAGCCUCGUUACAGAUGCUGAUUUAGACAGAGAGAUGAAUUCCGUGUAUAAUAUCACAGUGACGUGCAACGAUGCGGGUUUGCCGUCGCUGUCCAGCAGCAUCAGCCUCUCAUUACAAGUAUCAGACGUCAAUGACAACGCGCCCAUGUUUGAGAGGAGCUCGUAUGAGGCUUCGGUUGUAGAGAACAACUCACCGGGCAUCUCCAUUUUCAGACUGCUAGCCAAAGACGCAGACUGGAACCAGAAUGCCCGUGUGUCUUACAUAUUAGAGGAAUCUUCAGUUAAUGGAGUUUCCGUCUCGUCUUAUGUCUCUGUUAACGCUGAGAGCGGUGUCGUUAAUGCUUUGCGCUCAUUUGAUUAUGAGCAACUGAAAUCUUUCCCUUUGCGCGUAAAAGCGCAGGACGGUGGCUCCCCUCCACUGAGUACUAAUGUCAGCGUUGUUAUACUUAUUCAAGACCAAAACGACAACGCACCACAAAUUCUUUAUCCAGUGCAGACUAGUGGCUCUCUUGUUACUGAAAUUGUUCCUCGUUCAGCAGAUGUGGGCUAUCUAGUCACUAAAGUAGUUGCUGUUGAUGUUGACUCUGGACAGAAUGCCUGGCUCUCAUAUAAAAUUCAGAAAGUGACAGACAGAGCGCUGUUUGAAGUUGGCGCACAGAACGGAGAAAUAAGGACUAUUCGCCAAGUCACUGACAAAGAUACAGUGAAACAAAAGCUCACUGUUAUUGUGGAGGACAACGGAAAGCCCUCUCGCUCUGCUACAGUUAAUGUGAAUGUUGCUUUGGCGGACAGCUUUCCUGAAGUGCUCUCAGAGUUCAGUGAUUUUACGCACGACAAGGAAUACAACGACAACCUGACUUUUUAUUUAGUCUUGGCCCUGGCUGUAGUUUCUUUUCUCUUUAUUGUCUCUAUAAUAGCCAUACUGUCAGUGAAAUGCUACAGAUGGAAACGCGACAGGAUGCUUUAUAAAUCCAACGGAAAUCUACCGGUUAUUCCGUAUUACCCGCCUCUUUACGCAGACGUAGGGGGCACAGGAACUCUACAGCAUGUGUACAACUACGAACAUUACAGAACAACCGACUCCAGAAAGAGUGACAUGAAAUAUGUCAGACCUUGUAAUCAAAGCAUCAUCAGUCUGGAUAACACUGAAAUACAGACUCUACCGCAUGCGCACAACGAGAAACUGAUUGACGACACUGACAACCAGGUGAGGGAUUGGGAUAUUUGUUUUGUACUAUGA